CCCAACAAUCCACGAACCCUCGGUUAUAUCAACUGCAUACUUUCCUGCUACCUAAGCUUCACACGGAGCCACACCCACCUCUCCAGCUCUCUCUUUCGAUCCAUCUCUGUCCUUUUCUCUCUGUCUCUCUCACCAAAUCUACAGAAAACAUUUCACAAACUCAGGGGUUGAUUCUAAUUUGAGCAAGCUUAAUUAAUUAUAUAAGCUAGGGUUGCAGCGUCGAUGAUGAUGACAGGAAAUGGGCAGCUAUCAGUUCCUCCAGGGUUUAGAUUCCACCCAACAGAUGAGGAACUGUUGUAUUACUACCUCAAAAAGAAGGUCUCUUACGAAUCCAUUGACCUAGAUGUCAUCAGAGAAGUUGAUCUCAACAAAUUAGAGCCUUGGGACCUCAAAGAUAAAUGUAGUAUUGGAUCCGGGCCUCAAAAUGAAUGGUACUUCUUCAGUCACAAGGAUAAGAAAUAUCCAACCGGAACCCGGACAAAUCGGGCCACGGCUGCAGGCUUUUGGAAGGCCACCGGGCGAGACAAGGUGAUCCAUCACCUCACCAACACCAAGAGAAUUGGGAUGAGGAAAACACUUGUUUUUUAUACGGGACGUGCCCCUCAUGGCCUCAAGACUGACUGGAUCAUGCAUGAGUAUCGUCUCGAAGAUGAUAACGACAUUCAGGAAGAUGGGUGGGUAGUUUGCAGGGUAUUCAAGAAAAAAACUCACACAAGAAGCUACGAAUCCGAAAUCCACUCUCACGAAGAAGACCAAGCGGCAAGUGUUCGUAGGCUCAUGGAGCCGAAACAAAGUGACCAAAAUCUGCACACACUCUAUCAUGAUCAUCACAAUGGUACAAUAUUUCAUGGAUCAAUGCAGCUUCCACAAUUAUUUAGCACCGAAUCAUCCGCGGCCAUUCACCACCACCACCAACAUCCAUCUAAUUUCCUAUGCCCUCAGCUCGGCUCUUUGAACAACAACAUUAAUGAGGACAAGGACUGUUCUCAAAGCUUGCUAAGGUUGACAUCCACGGCUAGCCCGUAUUUCGUUCCACAGGAGAAGUUCACCACGGAUUGGUCUUUUUUGGACAAGCUUCUCACAUCUCAUCAAACUAUGGAUCAUCAAAACAGAUCAUCGUGUAACCCCUCGUCCCAACCGAUUGAUCAUGUGGGUUCUUCGAUGUCAGUGCCAAGGUUGCCAUUUCAAUAUCUUGGUUGUGAUGCGAGUGACAAUUUCAAAAUCUAGGUGAGAUUGUAGUAUCACUAUGACUAUGGAUCGGAUACGUUCUUUUCUCCGGCCAGCUAUACAAUCAAUGUCAAUCUUUUUGCUUGUUGAUCAAUUUCGUUUUUAAUACAUCGUCAUAUCUUUUGGAGUUUUGGUUGUUUUAGUUAGUGUGACUUAAUUUAUAUAAACUCUCCUAUGUCAUAUAUAACUUAUUGAAAGUAAUGGUAUCGCAAUAAAUCAAUGGCUUAC